AUGACCGUACCCGAUGACGAAAAAGAAUUUGUGGACCAAAUUUUGGUGGAGCACAAUACACGAAGAGAGAGGCACAACGCUCCCGACUUGGAAUAUAGCGAAGAGUUAUCCGAAAUGGCUCAACAAUGGGCUGAAAAAUUGGCCAAACAGGCGCAUAUCUCAUUCAGUGAACUGAGUGGUGUCGGUGAGAAUAUCACGUUUUUCCCUCCGGAUAUUGAUGCAGAAUCAGUCGUCGAGCAUUGGUAUCAAGAGCACGAAAAGUACGAGUACGAGACGCCGGGGUGGCAGACUGGAACCAAUUACUUUACACAAGUUAUAUGGCGAUCCACAAAAGAGAUUGGUGUCGGGUGUGCAUAUGUGAAGAAGUCGCACGAAAACGAUGAAGAUAAUACUUCUUGCUCAAAUGGAAGUGUUUGUAAAUCGAUGACAUCGUUGAGUAGCAAUGGAAAACUAGCUGCAGAAGGUGACAAGGUGAUUGUUGCAUUUUAUCGUCCCGCUGGCAACAACAAUCGAUCCGGGCAGUUUGCCGCAAAUGUCUGGAAACCAAUUCACUAA